GUAAGACUGGGCACAGCAUCAGCCAGCCCCCAAGUGAGAAGGUUGAUAAGACUGGGCACAGCAUCAGCCAGCCCCCAAGUGAGAAGGUUGAUAAGACUGGGCACAGCAUCAGCCAGCCCCCAAGUGAGAAGGUUGGUAAGACUGGGGACGGCAUCAGCCAGCCCCCAAGUGAGAAGGUUGGUAAGACUGGGCACGGCAUCAACCAGCCCCCAUGUAAACAACGACCACACCGGGCAGGAAGGAAGUAACAACAACAGUAUCAGGGGCUACUAAUCAACAGUAGUUAUACAACAGUAACGGCGCCAACAAACUUAAGGCCGCAUACGGGUUCUUGACGGGAAAAAGUGUGACAUUGUAAUAACUGAGGAAGGAAGGAAAGUGAAGAGUUCUGCAAGAGUUCCGAACGAUCUUCACAAAGGAGGAUAAAUAUAGCCAUUAAUUAAACAUGAAUAAUCGUCGCAAGGAAAAGCCGCCGGUAUGGUUAGGAUGGAUUGGUGACAUGAGCACCAUUACACAGUUCCUGCUGGAGAAGCCCUGGGGAUCUCCUUGGUGCCUCCUUAAAGCUGCCAACUCAAUUCUACGCGCCAUCGGUAUUGUGGCCUUCACGAACAAUCCCGUGUCUGGCGUGUUGAUCCUGGCUGCCAUGGUUGUUGGGAACAUGAAUGUGGCGUGGGCCUGCCUCCUGGCCGGGGGCGUCGGAGUCCUCUUCGCAAAGAUCCUGAAGCAGCCAGAACAACAGAUCAGUGAUGGUGUUGUAGUAAUGAACGAGAUCUUGGUUGGCUGCAUCUCUGUGGCCGCGUUUCCUGCCAUCUCUGGUCACACCCUCACCACCAUCUUCUGGUUCUACCUCACCCUCGCGCUAAUCAUCACAGCCUAUAUAGACAAAGGAUUGAAUUCCCUCAUGGCGCCCUCAAAACUGCCAGCUCUCUCCAUUCCAUUCAAUAUUGCUGCUGUGGUAAUGUUACUGAGCAUGCGCAGUGCAGCGGGUCUGACGGGGACUAGGCUCCCGGACCUGCCCUCAAACACUCCUCCUCUCCUCGCAAGUAUCAACUCUACAGAGGAGAUUCAGUGGCUUAAAGUGAUGGAAGGAACCUUAUUGGCAGCUGGGCAAAUCUACGGUGUGGGAUCCAUCGACUCUUCCAUUCUCAUAUACCUCGGUUUUCUACUGUUCUCUCCAUUAUUUACAAUAUUUAUGUUCAUGGGGAGUAUCAUCGGCACUGUUAUCGGAGCUAUGUUAAGCGCAGCACCUUAUACAGAUGCAUAUAUUGGACUGUGGGGUUACAAUGCCAUGCUAACGGCAGGAGGCAUCUCGUUCUUCAUGGUGCCAACUCCAGGCGUCGUGUUAGCAGCGGUGGUGGGCGCCAUUCUGGCGGCAACCGUGCAGGCAGCCUCGCUUCAUAUUUUCAAUACGAUGACAGUCCCAGUGUUGUCGUAUCCAUUUAAUGUGGCAACGCUGCUGAUCCUUGCUAUCGGGGUCACCACAAACUCGCCAUUCCCCUGGGUAGCUGAUAAGACUUUCCCAGAGCAUCAUGUUUUCUUGUACAUCCGCUCCCUUAGAGCACAGAAUGCAGAGGCAAUUACUCAAGAUCCUGAGGAUCAAGGAAAACCGUUAAAAAUCUUAACGGCAGAGGACAACCACUUAACUUACUGAAGAUCAAGAGCGCCCACACAAGAUCCUGAGGUUCAAGAGCACCCACACAAGAUCCUGAGGUUCAAGAGCCCCCACACAAGAUCCUGAGGUUCAAGAGCGCCCACACAAGAUCCUGAGGUUCAAGAGCACCCACACAAGAUCCCGAGGUUCAAGAGCACCCACACAAGAUCCUGAGGUUCAAGAGCACCCAUACAAGAUCCUGAGGUUCAAGAGCACCCACACAAGAUCCUGAGGUUCAAGAGCACCCACACAGGAUCCUGAGGUUCAAGAGCACCCACACAAGAUCCUGAGGUUCAAGAGCACCCACACAAGAUCCUGAGGUUCAAGAGCACCCACACAAGAUCCUGAGGUUCAAGAGCACCCACACAAGAUCCUGAGGUUCAAGAGCACCCACACAAGAUCCUGAGGUUCAAGAGCACCCACACAAGAUCCUGAGGUUCAAGAGCACCCACACAGGAUCCUGAGGUUCAAGAGCACCCACACAAGAUCCUGAGGUUCAAGAGCACCCACACAAGAUCCUGAGGUUCAAGAGCACCCACACAAGAUCCCGAGGACCAAGAGCACCCACACAAGAUCCUGAGGUUCAAGAGCGCCCACACAAGAUCCUGAGGUUCAAGAGCGCCCACACAAGAUCCUGAGUUGCUUUAACAAAUUCAUUACAAAUAGCAGUACUAGAUGAUCAAAUUUAGUGCUUGACAUAUUUGUAAAUAAUUUAGGCAGGAUUUUCAUUCGAAGGAAAACGUUAUUAUAUUUAUUUUUCUUAAAAUAGAGGAAGGUAGCCUAUGUCUCGCCUAUGACCAACAUAGGCGAGACUAGAAAUUUUGUUUCAUGUAUUGCAAAAGAUGUUUAAUUAUUAAGAUGUCCAGUCGUUUCUGAUAUAUAAUAGCAAACAGAUUCAGAAGCUUAACUCUUAACUUUAGUUUCUAACAUAUGUAGAUAUGGCUAGACAGAGGAAGUGCACAACCGUAAAACAUCAUGAUUUUACUUAAUUUACCUGAUUUACAUAAGGGCCACUAACACUAGUGGCCUCGACGAUGACAGGAAGCCGGCGGCUUCUGACCGGGAAAUCAGCCGUGUUGUGCAUGAAUGCGGGUUCUUGAGGUUAUAUUGAGAUAAUUUCGGGGCGUCCCCGCGGCCCGGUCCUCGACCAGGCCUCUACCCCCAGGAAGCAGCCCGUGACAGCUGACUAACUCCCAGGUACCUAUUUACUGCUAGGUAACAGGAGCAUCAGGGUGAAAGAAACUCUGCCCAUAUGUUUCCGCCUCCACCGGGGAUCGAACCCGGAACCUCAGGACUACGAAUCCGAAGCGCUGUCCAUUCAGCUGUUAGGGUUAGUGGAAUGUGCUCUCUUGAUUUCUGUUUGUCCUAGCUGUGAAUGGACAAUGUGAAUUAUAGUGUAAUGUGUGAACUAUUGUAUAAUAUGUAAUCUAUUUAAAAUGUGAACUAUAGUAUAAUGUGUUAUCUAUGAGUGAAAAGUAAUAUUAUUUAUGAACUAUAGCAUAUUGUGUGAACUAUAACUUUAUUUAACUGUAAUAUACCGUGUGAAUUGUAGUAUAAUGUAUGAAGCAUUGUAUAAUACAUGAACUUCUAGUAAAAUAUGCGAACUGUAAUGCAUUUUGUAAACUAUAUUGAAUAUUAUACAAAGACUUUAUCAUGUAACAUUUUAUGUUGCCAAAUAAAAUACUCAAGAGGC